AUGUCUCUCCAUAAGUACAACCACAACCAUAUCACAAGGAAAGAGUGUGUGAGAGAGAGGGGGAGAAAAAGAGAGAAGAAUGGAAUACAAUAUGAAGAAAUUGUUAGGGCUGUGAUAUUAAUAUUGAAGGGAGAGGAGGGAGAGGAGGGAGAGGAGGGAGAGGAGGGAGAGGAGGGAGAGGAGGGAGAGGAGGGAGAGGAGGGAGAGGAGGGAGAGGAGGGAGAGGAGGGAGAGGAGAGAGAGGAGAGAGAGGAGUGGGAGGAGUGGGAGAAGUAG